CGUGUCACAUACAGUCUAUGGUCACAAGGUACAUAACAUGGCUGCUUACUUGGUGUUAUAUUUUUACCCCUAGCUGUUAUUAGCAGCAACGCUUUUCAGUAUAUACGGAUAUAAAACGCGUACAGCUCCUUUUCUUGAUGAUAUGUGUCCUCUGGCAGGCUUUGCUUCACUGUGAACAAGCCCGGAGUUCGAGGUGUUUAGACAGCUGCAUCGCAGAGGAUCAGACUUCCGAGUCAUUUCGAUUUAAACCAUGGCUUCAUCGUUUGUCGUCGGAGAUCAGUUCAGAAAUAAGGUGACAGAGUUACUGGGAAAGACAGACUCGUCUCUGCCAGAACGACUGACACAAGAACUGGAAGAGAUUCUUGAAAAACCAGAACCAGCAACCCUGUCCUUCAGUACAGCAAGAAAACUCAAGAAAUACCUUCAGGACGAAGGACAUCCUUUCUACCUGCAUGAGUUGUUGGAAGACAGCUCACUGCACCUACCUGAGGUUGUGAAGCCUCCCAGAAACCCUGAGUUGGUCGCACGUCUGGAGAAGAUCAAAGCCAAACUAGCCAAUGAGGAAUACAACAGGAUUACACGUAAUGUCAACACUCAGGAAAUCAACCGGAAUGGAACAUUAGCAGAUUUUGGACGACAAGUGCGAUCAGUCAAAGCAGUGGUGGUGACCAUAUUCAACUUCCUGGUCACAGUCGUCGCUGCUUUUGCUUGUUCUUACAUGGGCAGUCAGUACCUGUUCACUGAGACCACAGCGCGAGUGAUAUCGGCUGUGAUCGCUGCCUCUGUAGUCGGUCUUGCUGAGCUGUAUGUCCUGGUCCGGACCAUGGAGGGAGACCUAGGAGAGCCAUAGCAGCUAUACACAACAAAUGAGGGAAACAGUAAUCUUUAGCAGACCACAAAGCAGAACUUUGGCAACCCCAUCAAACCCACUGAUUCAGAACAGACAAUUUAUUUUGCUGUGAAAACUUUGUGGACUUUUUGCCUUGUGGAGUUGUGGAAUAAGUUUAAAGUUACUGAGAAUUUACAAAUUAAUGACACUGGUAUCACUAAAUGGAAGCUGGAACACAGAAAAAAGCAAAUCGGUUUCAAAUGACUGACUAUCAGUUCUCUGGCUACUUACUUAGAUACUGUGGCGUAAUCUAACAUUCCACCUGUUGAGAAUUUUAAAAAAUGAAAUCUAAGUAAGAGUUAUAUUUCUUAUUUAUUUUGUAUUUUUCAUGAAAGUACAGCCUCCAGUUUUUCCCCCUCUCUUUCUACUUUGCACUGCCCUAGAAAAAAAAAAAUGAAUGUUGCAUAUUUUCUUAUGAUGUCCUCCAUUCUGUUUUGAGAUGUAAUCAUAUUUUUGUGAUCAAUAAAAUCACCAGUGCUGACUGAAGCUAAUCCAUAAAGUUGUAAGCUCCAGUUAGCAUGAAGCUCCUUUA